UUUCAGCUAGCACUAACCGGCCUUCUGCCCCAAAGCCUGCGCGAGCCUCUCGCUGGAUUAUGUUGUUGUUGCUUUCAAGGAGCCCACGAGUCACGAUCGGGAACAGAGCCUGAUGUAGUGUGUGUGCGCGAGUGUUUGUGUGCGUGACAGUGUGUGUGUGUGUGUGUGUGAGUGUGUGAGUGUGUGUGAAGGCCGAACUCGGACGGAGCGGCACGCGGGAGCAGCAGCCUCGAGCUCAUGGCUCAGCGGUAUCCGGACCACCUGUACCCCCCGGACCCCCUGUACCCGGAGUUCUCGGCGGUCCGGCCGGUCCUCGGAGCUCCGCUCUCCGCCGGCGAGGCGCUCCGGCGGGACAAAGACGCGAUCUACGGCCAUCCUCUGUUCCCUCUGCUCGCUCUGGUCUUUGAGAAGUGUGAACUGGCCACAUGCACUCCGCGUGAGGGUGGGCUGGGGGGCGAUGUGUGCUCCUCAUCCUCCUUCGAUGAAGACCUCAGCGUUUUCUCCAAACAGAUCAGAGCUGAGAAGCCCUACUUUCAGCCCAACCCCGACCUGGAUAACCUGAUGGUUCAGGCCAUACAAGUGCUUCGAUUUCAUCUUCUAGAGUUAGAAAAGGUUCACGAGCUGUGUGAUAACUUCUGUCACCGGUAUAUCAGCUGCCUGAAGGGGAAGAUGCCCAUGGACCUGGUGGUGGACGACAGAGAAGGAGCUUCUAAGUCCGACAGCGAGGAGUUCAGCCGCAGCUCCGCGGGAGCAGAUCAGAUGUGCUGGAGGGAAGAUGACUCCGUCUCUGUCCACUCCACUGAAGGUCAUGCUGCUCCCUGCAGUGGACGAGCCGGUUCACUCAAUGGAGACAACAGCAGUGAGCACGGUGACCUCUUAGACCACAGUGCUGCAUCUCCAAGCACAGGAGACGACGAUGAUAUGGAUAAGGACAGAAGAAACAAUAAAAAACGAGGGAUUUUUCCCAAAGUAGCAACCAACAUCAUGCGAGCAUGGCUGUUCCAGCACCUAACGCACCCGUACCCAUCUGAGGAACAGAAAAAGCAGCUAGCUCAGGAUACCGGACUGACCAUCCUGCAGGUCAAUAACUGGUUCAUCAAUGCCAGGAGAAGGAUAGUCCAGCCGAUGAUCGAUCAGUCCAAUCGUGCUGUCGGUCACAGCGGGCCGUAUCCUCCUGACGGUCAGUCGAUGGGAGGUUACAUGCUGGAUGGACAGGCUCACAUGGGCACCAGACCCCCAGGAUCACUGGCUGGGAUGGGGAUGGACACGCAGUGGCACUACAUGUAAUCUGUGAGGGUUCCGUUCAGCUACACCAACACAUGAGAGCGUAUCGUAGAUGGCAUAUCAUCGACACCAGAAAUCCCAGAAACCCAAAUGAAUUACCUCUCUGUGGCUUAUGAAGUGCUGCUGCCUCACUGCUACAGCAACACAGAGACUGCUAUGCUUCAGCUGACCAUUAAAGCCUUCACAUUCAAAACAGCCACCUCAACUGGAGUCUGGUGUGGAACGGGAGAUAAACUACACUAUCUGUCCAAACGUAUCCAGACAUCCCUUCUAAUUAGUGAACUCGGCUACUAAAGGUGCACCCAUUGCUGAUUCGGGUGUUCAAUUUUGCGGACACAACUUGUACAACCUCCAUAGAAAAGCACUGAUCAUAGAAUGGGACACUCUGGAACAGCUGCAGGUGACUCACCAUGCCCAGUGCCAGGCUUCAGCUACAGGCAUAUAAGGCGCCCCAGCACUGGGCUGUGCAGUCGUGGAACAGUUCUCUGGUGUGGUGGAGCUCCUAUCAAUACCUUUGGGAGGAGUUGGAGUGAUCCAGAACUAAUCACCCAACAUCGGUACCUGGCCUCGCUAAUGCUCUUGUGGCUGAAUGCAAUCAAAUCCUCACAGCAAUGUUCAACAUCUAGUGUAAAGCCCUCCCAGAAGAGUGGAGGCUGUUACUGCAGCAAAGAGCAGGCAAGAUCUCUAUUAAUACCCUUGAUUUCAGAAGAAACAUUGUCUGUUGGACAAUAUGGACACAUAUGGACACAUAUGGACACAUAUGGACACAUAUGUAUCAAUAAUAAAAACACACCUCUGCAUCUGACUGUACCUGCUGCGAGCCUGGAGACAUAAGAAACCUUCCGCCAGAAUCAGGGGACGUCCCUUUGGUUGCCUUAAGGAGUCAAAACUGUUUUUUUUUUCUUUUCACCAGCAAUAGGAGGCCUACCUGCAAUGUGGAAACACAGUUAACGACAAACUCCGCUACCACAUGACACUGCAGGCUGAGUGAAGAGCGAAGACUGCAACGCAAAGAACAUUUGACCUAUCCAUGCUCCGCCCACAAAUGCCUUCUGCACCGGCAACUGUUGCUAGGUUGAACAAGCUUUACAGGAGGUUGGCAAACAUCACAUUCAGCCUCAUGAAUUUGGGUUUGAGUGUGGAUCUGUCACAUUUUGUUGAGUUUCCAGCUUAAAAAUGCUGCGCUACUGAGCUGAUUUGUGCUGUUGUAGCGACUGAGUCUGGUCAGGUUGGAAACCACCACGCUAAUCUCAGCUUCUUUGAAAAAAAACUCAAAACUUUCCUAACAUUCAGAUAGAUCAGGCGUUCACACUUAAAACAGAUGGUUCUUCAAAGGUUCAUUGGUUAAGGCACCUGUUUAAUACCAUGAGCUCUGUAUAGAACCACUUCAUGCUUGGGUGGUACCCCUGAUAGCUAGAGGACAGCGAGCCACUGUUGGCCUGCUGAUGGCAAAGCUGACGGUCCACUGGCGGUUUGCUCAGCGUUUUCUGGGGGUCCUGCUGGUGUUUAAACAGCACAUUAGACAAAAUUCCACUUAUCGCUCAUUUUCCACUCACAAUCCAAUUUACUUAUUUUUCCUUGCUUUGCUUACUUUAGUUAUAAUUUGUAACAUAGUUUAGUCAAUAUAUUUAAUCUAGCACAAUGUCAGCAACAUUUCCUGUAAAAUCUUUUUACAUUAGGCCUAGUCUUUAUUUUGCUCUCUCUCGGUUGUUCCUAGUAUUUGUCUUAGUUUAUUUUCCAAAACAAAGGUCUGUGUGCAUCUAAAAUCUGUUUGAGAAGAUUAAAAACUAGUUAGAGCUUGCAUGCAGGACAGUAGUCUGGGUGGUCCGAGGACGGACCAGCAGCGGCAGUCAGUCAGCGGGUGCUGACCUUAUCAAGCCAGCGGACCCAUGUAUGCUGCAUGGUGAAACGGUUCUUCAGACUGAUGGAGAAAUGUGUUAUAUUUAGGCCUAUAUAUCUUAUAUUGUUACAAGCUGACACCGUAACAAUAGCAGAACCCCUUGUGGUGCUGUAUAGAACCAUAUACAGCACAUUCUUCAUCAAUCUGGAGAACCAUUUCAUGCUUGAGUACCACCUAAGCAUAAAGUGGUUCUAUACAGAAUUCCUUUACUGAAGAACCUUUGAAGAACCAUGUUUUUAAGUGAGUGGCUAGUUUUGUUGUUGUGUAAUCAAGCUAAUGUUAGCAUGGUGGCAAAAACCUCCUGUUUUUUUCCUAGAGUUAGUCCUGCUGCCUCUGUAUGAAGCACAGAAUAUGAAAAUGAACAUAAUCUGAAAUGGAUAACGAGCUCUAAAUGUCUAUAUUUUGACUAAAACCGAGUGGUUUUAACCAGUUUCUCGUUAAAUUAGCUAAACAGGAGUUUGGCUAAGGCUCUGAAAGCUCGUCCAGCCUAGUGACGGUUGCUAAGAAGCAAGGCGUUAGUGGGCGGGGCUUGGCUCAGUGAGUGUUGUCAUGGUACCGUUUGAUUUAGUGACUUUAGGCACUGACUGUAAGUUUGCAAUAAAAACAGGUUCUUGUAUCAUUUUAUAGGGUUGCAACACCAAGAGCAAAAAAUAUGUUUACCUUUAUAAACAAGUAGUUACUAAUGUAUUAACGUCACACUUUGAAAUGAAUGUGUUUGCGUUUCUAA